AUGUCACUCGCUGAAAAACCCUUUUCGUCUCACGUCGACGUUCAAGUCGCAAAACUACCUACAACUCCUCCAGAGUAUGAACAUCUUGGUAUUCAUCGAGAUGGAAGUUGCCAACCUUGGGGAGCAGCUCAUGCUUUGGCUGCUACACUAAAGGGCAAGAUGUCCAGGAAACCUGUAGUACAGAUUUCCAUCAACCGUCACUUCAACUCAAAGGUGUACACCACCAACUCGGAGGUAUCUGGUGUUGUUUCUAUUACACCUGCGAGAAACACUCGAUUCGAUCAUGUUGAUAUCUCUCUCGAUGGAAUAAGCGAAACAAGAAGGGAUGGUCCUGAUAUGACACACAUGACGAGCCAUCGAUUCCUUCGACUUGAGAUGCCCAUCGACGAAUCCGAAUAUCCUUCAUCCAACAUUCUUUCAGCUGGAACAACAUAUACUUUUCCUUUUAUUUUUAACGUCCCAGCUCAUCUCACCUCCAAAGCCUGCACUCACUCGACCGUCUCCGAAGAUGUAUGGGAACGACACAUGGCUCUUCCUCCUACACUAGGAGGCUGGGAGAAAGACGACAUGGCUCCAAACAUGGCACGAGUUAGCUACAGCGUCAAAGCAUUUGUUCUUGCACGAACCAAAACCGGAUUCCAAGCUAUCCUUGGAAACUAUCACCGCAUCAACGUUAUACCUACAUCUUUCGAAGAACCACCCCUGAACAUCACCGAACGAGACGAUCUUUACAAAAUCGAAAAGUCGAAAAAGGUGCGAAAGAAUAUCUUUUCUACCUCGCAAGGACGGAUUUCUGCUGUGGCGGCUCAACCUGCUGCUGUACAUCUCAGCAAGGAGGGUUAUGAGGCGACUGGAUCUUGUAUUCCUAUAAGUUUCACGUUUGAGCCUUCUUCUGCGGAUGUGAUUCCUCCUCAGAUUACAUCGGCGUCUAUGAAGGUUUAUUCACAUACUUGGUUCCGAGACCAACCGAUGCGAAAUCUACCUACUAUGGGAUCACAAGUUGCCAACUUUGGAUAUCCUUAUUCAGUUGCUCUGCCAAAGGUUGAAACCAAGAUGGAGUGGACUCAGAAUGUGGAUAUGCAGUCUACAAAGUCAUCGCCUGUCUUUCACACGGCUACAGUACAACUUCCUUUUGAGUUACCUACUGUUGAUAAGAUGUUUGUGCCGACGUUUCACUCUUGUAUUGUCUCAAGAGCGUAUACUGUCAAGGUUGUCCUGGAGGGAGAUGUCAAGAUUGACUUGAUGGUUCCUGUUCAGGUUGUUAUGGGGUCACCUGAUGUUUGA